UCUCACUUAGGCUCCUGCGGAAGCUUGACGCUAUCAAACGCAACCCCAUUCAUGGGUCUAAGAAGGAGAGCAAGAAAGAUCCGAAAAUGGCCGCCCUGAUUCGGACGCUCUACUUUCUUUACAGUCGUUCUGACAAUGAACGGGGAGCAGAGCCGCAGAUGCAUCUCCACCCCCGCGAGGUCGACUACCCGCCAGGCGCACCACCACCACCACCGCCAUAUGAUACCGUAACCGGCGGUACCAAAGCGGGAUUUAUUGCGCUGGGCGUCUGCGGCCUCGUUUCGCUCCUGGCAACAUCAACGCUCUUCCUCUUCCUCACGUAUCGCUUCCUGUUCAGUUCUCGGCACUACGCAUGGCCAUUAUGGCGCAACCAAUACGUCGUGCUCAUCUACAACCUCCUGCUUGUCGACAUGCAGCAAGCGACGGCGUUUAUGUUAUGUUUGCACUGGGCGGUUACAGAACGGAUCUGGUACCCGAGUGCGGCGUGCGUGUUGCAGGGAUGGUGGAUUCAAACGGCUGACCCGGGCAGCGGGCUGUUCGUUAUUGCUAUUGCGAUACAUACGGGCGCAGUGGUGCUGAGGGGACGACAGUUACCGUACCGGACGUUUGUAGGGUGUGUUGUUGGGCUGUGGGUGUUUAUUCUCGUGCUUGGGUUCAUCCCGGUCGGGCUGUAUAAGGAAAAUACGUUUGUCAUUUCAGAGGCUGGCUGGUGCUGGCUAAGUCCCGUGCACGAGCAUGAACGUCUCUGGGGCCACUACAUCUGGAUCUUCCUCUCCGAGUUCGGCACGAUCAUUCUCUAUAGCACAUUAACCAUCUACCUACGCCGCCGCAUGAAGCAGGCGGCUAGAAAGAUCCAAACGCAUAAUUACAACCGGUCGCCGCGUGAAUCGCAGGCGUUGAAACGCCUCAACCGCGUCGUCAUUUACAUGCUCGUCUACCCGCUGUCGUAUGUGGUUCUGUCGCUGCCACUCGCUGCGGGCCGCAUGUCUACUGCAAGGCAUGUUAUUCCUAGUCGCGAGUAUUUUGCUGUCGCGGGAAGUCUGAUGGCCUUGAGUGGGGCAUUCGAUACAGUCGUUUAUACAUUGACAAGGAGACAAUUGCUGUUGCACACGGAGGGAGGGAGUGGCGGGGUGUUGACAGGGACAGGCCCUGGGCAAGGGGGGAGGAUCUAUGCGUAUAGUCAAGACCAUACGUUUCAGACGCAUAUCAGUACGAAGGGGAGGGAUUCCUCGGAGCAGGGCGGGAACGGAAAUGGCGGGCAGAGUAAUCGGGGGCGAAAUCUGGAGAGGGGAAAGACGAGAUGGAUUGGAUGCGCUGGACGGAAGUCUCUGCGAAGGGGAAGGCUGACUUUGACCGACCCGGCGAGAGAUGGGAGGGAAGGUUCGAUGGAGCAGAUUGUGAGGAGUGGGAAUGACAGGGAUUCUAACAGGGAUAGGAAUAUGGAAAUGAAGGAAAUGGAUAGUGAAGUCUCGGGCGGUGUUAGCGGGGUGUAUCAAGAGACGACGUUUGAGAUCACGCAUGAGGAGGUUGAUGGCGACUACCAGCGGAGUUAUCAGUACCGUCAAUGAGACUUGAGGAAAUAACCAGUCUCUCCCUCUCCCACUCAUAUUUUCGGCGUGUAUAACGAUGAGUAUGCUGGGCCGGCCACAGCUAAGCAGCUGUCGGUCCGCGUACCCGUUGAUCCAAGGUCCUUUGUCGGAUGCAAGAGCGAGCUAUUGUCUCUCUACCGUACUCUGGAUUGGAUAACCUCGACUGGACAGAGAACUUGGCCCUAUCUGUCAUCGUCUGCCCUCCAGUUCAAUCCUCAGGGCUCCUGAGGUUGAAGGUGGUCUACCUCAAGGGUGGACUAGGGGACUUAUGCUUUUGCUGAUCAUUGAACCUAGUUCGUCAGCGAAUCCCUCUUGUACAAUAGUCAAUAUAUUGCAGGCUCCUAAACCGGGGUCCUUGGAGGAUUUUCAUUGAAUCACUGAGAAGCGGAAUGAUAUAAAAUGGUAACAAGCCCACUUAGAGAAGCGUGCUAUAUACACAAUAUUCUA